UUUUGAGUUUUUGAGAAACCGCCUCUCUGCAGUUCAAAUUUGUUCUGUCUUCAGUUUCCCUCCCUGCCAUCUCCGAUUGCUCGCAGCCGCUCACUCGCAAUUGCAGAUACAGUUAGUUUCUUGGGCGACUGUCGAAUCGGGAUAUUUGAUUAAUCGGAACAAUGGAAAUUGAGGAGUGUCGGGAGAUCCAUCUUGAUCCAGAAGCCCGCGAUUGCACGGACGACAAUAAAUUUUCAGCUUUCAAUGCUGGACAAGAAGUAGAUCUUGGUAUUGAUGACCUUGAUCUCUUGCAUGAUCUCCAUCAAUCAAUGGAGGCUGAACGAACACAAUCAAGGGGGAGGUAUAAUCUACGAAAAAGUCUUGCUUGGGACUCUGCCUUCUUCACUAGCGCUGGGGUGCUAGAUGCAGAAGAAUUGUCAAGCAUGAUUACCGGAGCAGAUAAGAGUAAAAAGAAACUCUUACCUGGCAUUCAAGAAGAUAUUACAGCAUCAACUGAGUCAAUUUCAAGCCUUGAAAGUGAUCAUUUUGAUCUGGAAACUCUUGAGGAGGAAUUGUUUGUUGACAUUAGAGCUUCUAUACAGAGAUCAAAUAAAAAACUACCCAAUUUGUCACGCUUAAGUGAUAAGAAGGCCAAUGUGGAGGUAGACAGUUCGUCCAUUUCAUCUCUGAAAAAUGAAGGUGUCACUCCUAGAUCCCAAGACAAGAAUUCAAAACCUCGUUCAAAGGGGACCAGUGCCCCAGAAACUGCUACGAUGCCAAAGUCUCUAGUAAAACAAAAUGUUCAGCGGCAAGCAUUGAGGACGGGAAUCAAGCAAGAUUCUGGUCACUCACAGAUGCUAUCUGUUGCUAAGACUGGUGAUAAAAAAGUAACACUUGGUAAAACUCCAAGGAAUAUCAUCAAGCCUGUUACCAAUCCAGCCACUGUCCAACGGGACUCAAUGGGAAUCGGUCGUGGCAAAUCUGAAUGUGGAAGCUCAAAACUUGGAGCUCCAGUAACUACUACAAGUAAAGGAACCCAACUCCCAAAAGUAGCUGUCAGCGCAGGAAGGAUGUUGCCUAGGCCUGCAGUGUCAUCGAAGACUUGUCUAAAAAAUUCUUCUACUUCAGGCAGAGGGCAGUCCACUAGGUCCUCCACAUCAAGCAACAGUUCUAAUGGUUUGUCAUCUGGAGCAGCAUCUAAACUUCUCCCGGCAAGAAGAAAUCCAGGAGGAAGCAGCAGCAAGACAGUUACUGGUCCUGGUUCCAUCCCUAAGACAUUGACAAGAACUGCAGUGCAGAACAAACCACCAUCUUCGACUACUAAGGUCUCCUCAAGUGUCUCAUCAGGUAGUUCAAUUGGCGACUGGUCUUCUGUAUCUUCAUCAUCGUCCUCUUUGGCCAUCCGAAAGUUUAACAACACUAAGGCAAGCGUAGAAAUCAGCUCUUCUAAAUCUACAGAUGGGAGGAGCACCCAGCCUUUGCAUUCAAAGAAUCCUUCUGCUGACCCAACAACUGGUGGACAUGAGAACUCAAAAGUUCAUAUGGCAAAUGGCAUUUCCAACAAAACCACAACAAGUGUUGUUCAGUCUUUAGGGAAACCAACAGGAUUACGAAUGCCUUCUCCCAAAAUCGGGUUCUUCGAUGGGGUGAAAUCAUCCCCUCGCACUCCCAAUGACCACAAGCCUACUCAACCUGGUUUGCGCGCAAUGUUACCCAGAAAUGGAGUUGCUGCUAGCAGUCCAGGUCUAACCUCUAACAGCAAAGCGAAAAGUGUUAAGACUCCAACAAGUAGGAUGUCAGCUUCUUCAGCAAGCUCAAAGCCUGAUUCAGCAAAGGCAACAUCUCUUAAACAGUCACAUGAUUGGGUAAAUUCUUCUGUUCCUUCAGAUGGAAAAGAUUCUUGCAGCUUAUCUGUUGGGAUUAAAGGGAAUGAUUAUGUGAAGGCUGAGAAAGUUCAAGUUGAUGAUUAUGUGAAGCAAAUGGUAGAUGCUGAUGCAGAUGCAGAUGUUGUUGUCGAAGGGAAUUUAGGCGACUUUAAUAUAGAUGAGUUCAUGGUUCCCGAGGAUAUCCCUGGCUUGCAUGAUGUAUUGCCAGUAACUGGCUGUCCAAGUGAAAUUUCGAAUGGCAAAUUGAAGGAUAGCAAGGCUCCUACGACUGGAAUGUCAGCUCCUUUGGCACCUGAUUCUCUAGAGGUCGUCACUUCACACUCAUCUUUUCAAGAGAAGUCGGUAAGUUCUUCUCCUGUUGGAGUUGAAGGGAAUGGAACUGUCAAGGAGUACCAACAUGAAGAGAAAAUCCAGGUUGACGAUGGUGGGGUGAAACAAGUGGUAGGGAAUUUAGGCAACAUGAGUAUAAAUGAGUUGAUGGUUUCCGAGGAUAUCCCUGAUUUGUUGUGCACUAUGUCCCCCCAGGAUGGAGCUGCUGCUGCUGCAGUCAGUCCAAGGCAAAUUUCGAACGGAUUACUGAAAGGAGGCUCAGAGCAUUCACUAGAUUCUUGCGUUUUGCUGGACAUCAAAGAUUCUUCCAGCUUGUUUAUUGAAAAUGAUAAAGGGAACCAACAUGAAGAAGAAUGCCGAAAUAGCAAGACAUUUCUUUUGGAUAAUGAAAUGACGAAGCAAGAUGGCAUUGUGAAGGGGAGUGGUGAAGUUGCAGAUUCUGAAUCAAUUGCUAUUGGAAAGGAUCAAAGUUUGAUUCAAUCUUGCUAUGCUGCUGCUGCUACCGAAAAGGAAAACUCACACAACGAGAAUCAAGGAGAGGGUGUAACAGAAUCUAAUAAAAAAGAUUGUAGCCCCUUAAACCCGAAGAAUAAUGAAGACUCUUGUGAAGAGCUUCGGUCCCCUUUGGCUCUCAAGAACGAAGGGCCCGAAGAAUUCAGAUUGGAUAGCAGCAGCAGCCUCGUUGGAGAUGAAAGAACAUCAGCAAGAGAGCCACUCAUGUAGCAAAUCUAUCUAUCAGGUACGUAAAUCAGAGUGGGCAUGAUUGAGGAGGGGUGGGUAUGCAUCAUCCCAUACGUCUAUUAAUCAGCAGGGGAAAUAUGCUCUGGAAUGCUCUCUGCCCGGUAAUUGGUAAAGUAAGCAACUCUCGACUGUCUCAUUUUAUUCGUUAGUGCGUUUGUAUGACUGUAAAUUUAAAAAAAAAAAAAAAUACAUAGAGAAUAUCAUCCUUCGCUCGCAGUUUAAGGCAUCUUGGAAGUUUUAGGCUAUUCACUCACGUGCUUAUACUUGUAGUUUCUUCAUUUUAAUUCACCUUUUGUUACUAAGGAAAUUAAGGCCCAAAAGGCAUAAAAAGUUUA